GUAUGAGUUGCAAUCCUGCAACUGAUAAUUGACAUGUUUUGAUUUGAAAGUUUUGCGCGUUUUGCGGUUUUAUUUUUAAUUUUGAAUUAGGUAAUUGGAAUGUAUUUCAAUAUGACAGUGGAAUUAAACUGUGUUAAAAGUAGUAAACGGUUUGACUUUGGAGUGCCUCUAGAAGAUAUUUUUCCUCCUGAUGAUAUUCACCCCAGAUUAAAGUUUAUUUUUCAAAAAGCACUUGGCCUUUAUGAGGAAAGUCAUUUAAGUAUUCAAGACAUUUUAAAUGAACGAUUGUGUUUACAGGAAUGUCUUGAAUUAAAACAAAGUAUUAUUUAUGAUAAACAACCUGGUAUAAAUUUGUUCAAUCCUGUUGGUGCCUACUUUUGGAUUAUUCGUCACUUUUUAGGACUUCUGCCAAUUCCUCUAAUUCCAAAAAUUACUAGUACACAUAGAUAUAAUUGGGAAGAGCUGUCCAGAAAAUGUAGAAAUUUGUUAAGAACUAAUAAGUUUAGAAAUCGAAAAGAAUUUAAUUUUUUUAAUUACUCCAUUGCAAAAUCCCUAAACAAUCUGCCUAAAGAACACAUUUUGAUGUUGAAUACUGUAGUUGUUUUUAUAAGAGAAGUUUCCAAAGAAAAAUCUAGCGAAAAUAUUUUACAAAGUCUUCUUAGAUAUUACUGUGAUGCAGUAUUUAUUAGACCUUUUACACCAGGCCAUAGGGUGGCUGAUGUUGAUAUGUUUCCAUUGAUGAGUUAUUUGGUAAAAAAGUGGUUUUACAUUAUUGAAUAUUUAAAAACUGAAUACAUUCCAUCAUUUUCUCUUAACAAUUAUUAUACUAGAACAAAAUCAGAAAAACCUAGUCAAAUACAUUCUCAUAUCACUAACCUACCAGAUAUGUUUUGGUUUAAUAAAAAUAUGCCGUCAUCAUCUGUAAUAGUAAAAUAUUUAAAAGAUGCUGAAUGUCAAACAGAUUCAACUAAUGAAGAAACACUAAAUUCUUCAGUAAAUACAAUGACUCAAAAAGAAUUACCAGGAUCUGCAGACUGUAGUGUAAUAUUUGAAGAUAUUGACAUAUCAAAUAUAAGUACCCCUACAGAGCAACACAUUUUUUUUAAAAAUAUUAAUUCUUCUUUAAAACUGCGGAAAUUAACAUCUUUUGUAAGUAGUUUAUGUGAUAUAACUGAAGAUGAGGAAAAUAGUGGAAAGAAAAAUGAUAAAAAAUUGGAUUCAAAUAAACAAGAUGAAAAUCUUCAAAUUCAAAUUGAGCCUGAAGAAUCUGACGAAGGAAAUUCUAAAUUUCAAAGUAUUUAUGAAGAAUGUAACGUUGAUAAUACUAAUACAAAUGAACAAAAUCUUAAAUGGAAUGAUGUCAUGGCAGAGAUACAAAGAACCGUAAAAAAGGUUGAAAAUUACAAUUAUGAUGAAAGUUAUUCUUCAGCAUUAGAAUACAGGUCUGCUUCAUCGUCGCCAAUAGAGUCAACUUUUAGUUCUGGAAGUAUCAAAACUGAUCACAUAUCUUUCGGUAAUUCCUCACAAAAAUUGAACAAUAAUGAAAGCCAAAAAUCAAACAAGAGUGAUGACAAACAAAAUAAGGAUUUGCAUACUUCUAUGUAUCUAAGUUUCUGUAGUUCCGAUGAAGAACUUUAUUAUAGCCUUAAUGGUAGAAAUGAUAAUGUGGAAGAAAAUGAAGAGGACAGUAUUUCUAAUUUCAGCCUGAAAAGAUUAAUAUUUAAUUUCAAAUUUUUAAAAUCCAUUUCGCCUAAGCUUAAACGUUCAAAGAACGUUUUUACAAAUAUGGCAACAAAAAAUGUAAAGUAUAAAAGGUUUAAAAGUUAACUUUUCGUUUCGUUAAUUUUAAAAAUGUUUAGUUUUUUUUAUUAGUACGUUUAAAUGCUAAAUUCUGAAUAAAUGUUUAUGUUUUUAAUCGUCUGAUUUCGAAUUAGUUUUCAUUUAUUUUAAGGAAGAAUUGAAUAAUCAUUUCGUUGCUGUUAUAUUACGAUGUAGUUUGU